CUUUAAUACAUGAGCAGCCCGGACACAUUUGUUUGUGACACACAAUACAACACGUUGAGCCUCUGCACAGGAAGUUCUCCCGCUCCCCUUUCUUACACGAGGAGUGAGGAUGUCCGAGCUCAGUGACGAGGCCAGCGGGGAGCCGCUGGGGGCCAGCCUGUCCCUGUGGCUCGGCGGCCCCCUGCUCCGGGCGGAGGGGCUGGACGUCCCGCUGGACCUCCACACCGCCUGCUCCAUAGGACUGUAUGACGUCGUGGCAGAGUGCAUCAAGAAACGAGAGGUGGAUCUGGAUCGCAAGAACAUGGGCGGAUGGACCCCUCUGAUGUACGCGUCCUACAUCGGCCAUGACAACAUCGCCAACCUGCUGCUGGAGGCCGGUGUGGCCGUCAACGCCACCACCCCCCGCGGGCGCAGCGCGCUGAUGCUGGCCGCCAGCUGCGGCAACGAGAGCAUCGCCUACUUCCUCCUGCAGCACGGGGCGGAGCUGGAGCUGAAGGACCUGCGCGGCUGGACGGCGCUGCUGCACUGCACCACCACCGGCCACCAGCAGAUGGCGCGCUUCCUGCUGGACAACAACGCCGACGCCAACGGGAGGGAGCCCCUCUCCGGGUUCACGCCCCUGAUGGAGGCCGCUGCCUCUGGGCAUGAGAUCAUCGUCCAGCACCUCUUGGACCAUAAGGUGAAGGUGGACGAGAGGAACGCCGAAGGCCAGACGGCGUCCGCCCUGGCCCUGAUGUACGGCCACACCAAGGUGGCCCGCCUCAUCGACGCAUGCUGCCCCAGGGCCAGAGCGGGCCCCCCCGAGGACCACAGCUCCUCGGAGGACUCCGACGGGGGCCCCCCCCGCCCCAGCCAGAGGCCGGGUCGCCACCGCGCCAAGGGGCCCAGCAUCCACGACGGGCCCCAGGCCAUCGCCAAGUUCCACGUGGGGGCCCCCAGUAAACCCAGUGAGCCCGCCCUGGUGCCGCCGGGCUACAUGACCUUCCAGGACCCCGGGGAGCAGAGCGAGGGCAUCUGUUACCGGGACGUUAUCUCGCCCAUCAACGAGCUGGACGGCCAGAGCAACAGCAGCAGAGAUGAGAGUCCCCUGCUAGACCCUGACGUUCCUGACGUUCCUGACGUUCCGGCCAGGAGCAGCAGCAGCAGCAGCUGUGAGGGGGCGCGGCCAGCGGCCAGCCUCACCUGGGAGGGCUCCGUGGAGAGCAAUGAGGACUCCGACCGAGCCAAGAGGACCAGCUCCCGGCGCGUCCCCAAGGGCCACCACGCCAAGGGCAAGGGUCGCCACGGCAACAGCAACGGCUCUGCCUCGGCCGCGCCGGGGGGCGGCGGGGGCCCCCCUCCCUACGCGGGGCCCAAGGACCUGGCGGCGUUCCUGGAGCAGAUGGGCUUCUCCAAGUACCUGGCGCUGCUGGAGGAGCAGGACAUCGACCUCCGCAUAUUCCUCACGCUCACCGAGAACGACCUCAAGGAAGUGGGCAUCACGCUGUUUGGACCCAAGAGGAAGAUGACCCACGCCAUCGCCCGCUGGCACAGCAACACACGGCCGCCCAGUGACGCCCUGGAGCAGGCCUACGCAGACCAGCUGGAGGCCGAGAUGCAGGAGAUGGCCAUCCAGCUCCACAAGCGCUGUGAGGAGGCGGAGGCGCUGCAGAGCCAGGUGUCCCAGGAGAAGGACCUGCGGGCCGUGAUGGAGGUCUGCCUGACGGAGGACAAGGCGGCGUGGGGGCGUGUCCACGGGGAGCUGGUCCAGAGCCACGGGCUGGCCCAGGAGAUGAACGCCACGCUGGAGCGAGCCCGCGCCGCCCGCGCCGCGCUGGGGGCCCGCCUCGCCGCCGACGGCCCCACCGCGGGGGGGGCAGGGGGGCAGAGCUCCGUCCCGGAGCUGAUGAAGAGGCUGGAGGCCUACGAUGAAGAACUGGCGGGGAGCCUCCACACGGUGCUGCAGAGCCUGCGGCGGCUGAGCGUGUCGGAGCAGGUGACGGACAGCUGGGAGCGGCCGUAGCGGCAGGUGAGGCUCCGCCCUGGAGGGCUCUCCCCGCGGCCU